AUGCCAUUCGGACUGAGUAAUGCACCCGCGGUGUUCUCCGAACUUAUGUCAAUAGUUCUUCGAGGGUUAGACCAUAUGGCCAUAGCGUAUUUGGACGACAUACUAAUAUUUUCCCCCACAAUAGAGGAACAUCUGGAACAUAUUAGGAUUGUCUUUAAUAGACUCCGUCAGCAUGACUUGCGACUUAAGCUGAAGAAAUGUUUUUUUGCCCAGACCGAAACGAAAUAUUUAGGAUUUACUAUCAACAAAGGUGGUGUUAUGCCGGAUAUGCAAAAGGUUGAGGCUAUAAGAGCAAUGGCUGCACCAACAAACGUACGGGAAGUACGAGGAUUUAUUGGGUGCACUAGCUACUACCGCAGAUUUAUCCCUAACUUUUCAUACAUCGCGGAGCCACUGAUAGCUUUAACAAGGAAAUACGCGAAAUUUAAGUGGACUCAGGAAUGUGAAAAAGCUUUUAUAUAUUUAAAGGAUAGUCUCACGGCAAUACCUUAUCUUGCUUAUCCUGAUAUCAAUCAACCAUACAUUCUGUACACAGAUGCUAGUGACAGAUGCAUCGGCGCGUGUCUCACACAGUCGGCAAUAGGGGAAAAGGCCUUCUUGCCAAACAUUAAGAAUGAAAGGCCAAUUUACUUUCUGUCUCACAAACUGAGCGAUACACAGACUAGAUGGUCCACCAUAGAAAAGGAGGCCUAUGCCAUUCAUUACGCCUUGCAAAAAUUAGACCAUUAUUUACACAACGCGGAAUUUGUUAUUCGAACGGACCAUAAACCCUUAAAGUACAUAUUAGACUCUCCAAUGCAAAAUAGGAAGAUCCAACUUUGGGCGUUAAGUUUAUCAGGCUACAACUGUCGAGUAGAGUAUAUCCCCGGGACAGAAAAUACUUGUGCUGAUCUCUUAUCAAGGUCCCCAGGACAGACCACCACAGAGGACGAUACAAACCCCAACGAUGACUGCCCCGACAUUACGGAUAAAACUUUUGAAAUAGCGGUCUUGAAUUCCAAUCAGUUCGAUCCCAAGGAUUUUGCUAGUUGUGAGAUAGCGGGUGACGCUGACAUUGACAUCCAGAGCCCGACCUUGCUAGAUCUCGAUAUGAGACAGGAACAGCCAAAGGACGAGACAAUAGCUGAUUUAAUACAAAAACUGACUGAAGCUGAUGACAGUAAGGCGAUACAUAGGAAAUACAUGCUAGUAGAGGGAGUACUGUAUUACAUAACUGACCCAGAUAAUAAGACAACCUUGAGGUUAUAUGUUCCGGAGCACUUGCGUGGCAAGGAAACAGAUAUACCGCCGUUUCCUUUUGCAAAGGUAGGACUAGAUCUAUCAGGUCCUUACCCCAGGUCGUUAUCGGGAAACAAAUACAUUGUCAGUUUUGUAGACUGGUAUAGCGGUUGGCCCGAAGCCUUUGCCGUACCUGACAAAAGCGCGGAAACUAUCGCCCAUCUUUUAAUUGAAGAAAUAUUUCCACGAUAUGGGGCACCAUUACAAAUUGUUACUGAUAACGGGACGGAAAAUGAAAAUAGGGUUAUGAGAGAAACUUUAGCAGUAUUGAAUAUCAGCCACCUAACGACGGCAUUUUAUCAUCCGCAAAGUAAUGCCAAGGUAGAACGCUUCCACCGAACGUUACAUGAUAUUUUGGCAAAAAAACUUGACGAUGACACGACGGCAUGGGACGUAUAUCUCAAUCAGACGCUGGCAGCUGUCCGCUUUAACAUCAGUGAAUCCUCCAAAUUCUCACCAUUUUUCUUGUUAUAUAACAGAGACGUAGUCCUGCCAGUUGAUAACCUGUUACAACCGCGACGAAAGUAUGUUGGAGAGGAACUCCAUCAAAUUGCGCUUGAACAGCAGCACAAGUCAUUUAUGUUAGUCCAUAAAAAUCUCAAAAGGGCCAAACAACGACAAGAACGCUAUGCUAAUAGACAUACUAAACCCGUUGAAUUUAAAGUCGGUGACCCCGUGCAUUAUCGUAACCAUCUCCGAAAAAAUAAACUGGAUAACAAAUGGGCAUUGUACUAUAGAAUUAUAUCCCAAACGACACCUGUAAGCUUUGUAAUUAGAAAUCAAUUAGAUGGAACCGUUACUAAGGCCCACGCCGAACACCUUCGCCUUGCUAAAAUUGAUGAAUGGGAGAUUCCCCACAAACCGACAGGUCGUCCACCACGUCGGGCGAAGUUUGUUGUCCCGCCAACCGAUAGUGCGGACGCUGAUUCGGAAAGUUCCGACUCUGAUAUACCGCUAGCCGAUAUUGCCCGUCGUUUCCGUCGGGAAAGGUCUUCUUCAUCGGGGGAGGACAACAUCCCCCUGAUGGAAUUGACAAAACGUUGGAAACGAGCCCAAAUUUCUAAUAGCCCCCCCGAUCGUUCCAGUCACUCCGCCUCCGACUCAAACGGGAGUACCGUAAACCCUGUGGAGGCCCCAAGUUCCAAUAGCGCAAGUGACAAUGUCGAUAGCGACCACGAAUCUAUGUCUGUCAAUCAAGUUUCUCGGUUCCUAAAUUCUCAAGAUAAAACAAAAAAGGGUGAACGCAAAGUAGCUAUAGCGGAAUCCUUGUUAGAUGUGUUGAGCAAACUUAUAUAA